AUGAUUUUCCUCGCAAAGACCUUGGAGAAUGAAGUUGGGCUUAAUGCUGGGGGAGAUGCAUUUGUUAAUGGAGGAUUUAAGUCAUGGAAUAAACCGGAAAGAUUUCUGAAACAUGUUGGUGGUGUUAAAAGUGCUCACAAUCUUGCUUAUGAGAAAUAUGCAAACUUAAGAGAUGAGAAGAAAAAAUCAAUUCUUAUUUCUUUUGAAAAUACCACUGAUGUGAUUCAAAGAGAGUAUGAAAUUCGCUUGAAAGCUUCAAUUUCUUUCAUCUCAAAGGUCACUUUUGAAAAUGCUCCCGGCAAUUGUCAAUUGAUAUCUCCAAUUAUUCAAAAAGAUAUUAUCAAUUGUUGUGCUAAAGAAACAACCAAGCGAAUUGUGGAGGAGCUAGAUGAUGGCUACUUUGCUAUAUUGGCCGAUGAGUCUAGUGAUGUGUCCCAAAAGGAACAACUAGCUCUUUGUUUGCGUUAUGUUGAAGGAAAAAUGGGAAAGGUGGUGGAACGAUUUCUUGGACUUGUUCAUGUUGGUGAUACCACGGCUUUGUCUCUUAGAAGUGCAAUUAUGUCCCUACUUGUUGAACAUUCAUUGAGUCCAUCCAAGAUUCGAGGGCAAGGAUAUGAUGGGGCUAGUAACAUGAAAGGUGAGAUAAAUGGCCUCAAGACUUUGAUUAGGGGAGAUACUCCAAGUGCUUACUAUGUCCAUUGUUUUGCUCAUCAACUUCAACUAACUCUUGUAGCCAUUGCAAAAAAGAACAAUGAGUGUGUUUGGCUUUUUGAUACGUUUGCGAUCUUGUUGAAUGUGAUUGGUGUUUCUUGUAAGAGAAGAGAAAUGAUUCGAGAAUUUCAAGCACAAAAAGUUGCUCAAGCUUUGGAAAUUGGUGAACUUGAAACAGGAUCAGGAUUAAAUCAAGAACUUGGUUUGAAGAGGCCCGGAGAAACUCGUUGGAGUUCUCAUUACAAAAGUCUUUUGAAUGUCAUGAACUUGUUUUCUACAAUUGUUAAAGUUCUUGUGAUGAUUGGGAAGAAUGGCUCUAACUCGGAUGAUAAGGUAAAAGCUCAAGGCAUUUUGUACUCACUAGAGUCAUUUAAUUUUGUGUUUUUGGCACAUCUAAUGACUACUAUAUUUGGGUACACUAAUGAUUUGUGUCUUGCUUUGCAAAGAAGAGAUCAAGAUAUUAUUAGUGCUAUGAGACUUGUCACUUUGACCAAAGUGACAUUACAGAAAAUGAGAGACAAUGGAUGGGAGACUCACUUGAAUAAGGUAAUCUCAUUUUGCAAUAAUAAUGAGAUUGUUGUUCCGGAUAUGGAGGCUUGUUAUAUCCCUCAAGGAAGAUCAAAGCGGUUUGCUCAACAAGUUUCAUAUCUUCAUCAUUUUCGGGUUGAUGUGUUUAUAGAGGUAAUUGAUUUACUACUUCAAGAACUUGACAACCGAUUUGAUGAGGUCAAUAUGGAGUUGCUCAUAUGCAUGGCUUCAUUAAAUCCUAAAGAUGGCUUCUCUUCUUAUGACAAGGAAAAGUUGGUGUUGAUUCUUCCGGUUGCCACUGCAAGUGUGGAGAGAGUGUUUUCUGGAAUGACUUAUGUCAAGAAUAAGUUGCGAAAUAGCAUGGGGGAUCAAGUAUUAAAUGAUUGUUUGGUCACUUUCAUUGAGAAAGAUAUGUUUCUACAAGUUUCCGAUGAUGAGGUCGUCAAACGCUUUGAAGAAAUGAAGACUCGUCGGAAGAUAAACUAG